AAAACAAACAUAAAGAUCCUUGAGUUCCCUCUCACACAGUCACACUAAGUCCUACAUUUGUAUCACAUUAUUAUAUACAUCAAAAUGGAAAGUGUUAGAAGUUUAGUUGCAGACAAACCAGUGGUGAUAUUCAGCAAAAGCUCUUGCUGCAUGAGUCACUCAAUUCAAACACUGAUCUCAGGGUUUGGGGCGAAGAUGACAGUCUACGAGCUAGACCAAUUCUCAAACGGUCAGGAGAUCGAGAAGGCAUUGGUACAGAUGGGGUGUAAGCCCAGUGUACCAGCUGUGUUCAUAGGGCAACAGUUAAUCGGUGGUGCUAACCAGGUAAUGACUCUUCAAGUCAAGAACCAACUGGCCGUGUUGCUAAGAAGAGCCGGAGCCAUAUGGGUGUAACAGAAGACAAGAAAUCUAAAUGCAAACUAGGAUAGAAUAAGAUGAGAAUGAUAUAUAGUUGUUUUGCUACUUCUUAAAUUUGCGGGUUUCGAGUUUCUACCAUGCACGGAUAUGUUUUCAACAAGUGCAACUCUGUAGUUUACACAAGUCUAGUGCUAAGAUCAAGAACUUGUAUUCUCAGUUACCAUCCAUACUUGUUAUAUCAAUCAAUGUACGCUAAGAAAACUUAUCAGCAAUA